UAUUGACAUUGAUGUCAGUGGCGAAUGUGGCAACUGACAAGGUCGAGUAACGCACGUUUUUUUUUUGUUUUGUUUUUGUUUUAAAGAACGCAUAAAAUUCCAAGUUUGCAUAGAACCGUGAAGAUGUCGACAGUACCAGCAGCAGCAAAAAACAGCAGGGAGAAAACAGAGUCUGAGAUGAGGAUGGACGGGUUCACCAGCACCCUGAAUGAGUAUAGCACCAAAGUGAUGGAAUUGAACCAAGACCUGGAGGAAGCCCAGGCUCGCAAGUCGAAGCUGCAAAAUGUGCUUGAAACGAUGUGUCAGUGCACGGCCAAGCUGCGUACCAGGGUAGAAGCCCAUCGAGUGCAAGAUCAAGUGAGGAAGGAGUGUGAGCGGAAAGAACUUCAGUGUAUAGAGCAGCUAAACAAGGAUUUGCAAGCAGCUAAGGAACAGUUGAAGUUGACAAGCAGGCUCGGUGAUGAGCUGCUUGCCCGCAGACGGGAGGAAGUGAGUCGGUUUGAGGCUGUGAUGCGUGAAGUAAGAUCAGAGUUUCAGAGUCUGAUGUUGCUGGAGAAGGGUGAGGAUAAUGGAAGUGAGGCAGUUGCCAAGGAACUCGUAAAACUAGUAGAGGAAGUGGCAAUGUUGGAAGAUCAACGCAGCCUCCUCAUUGCCGAUGACAUCAGCCACCUCAGCGUUGAUCUGGCUUCACUGCUCUCCGUCGUGAGCGAGGGCAGCGAAUUCCUGGAGACGCUCAAGAAGAGGAACAGAAAGUUAAAGGAUGAGGAGGCUUCCCUGAAGCAGAAGUUGGAGUGCAUGCAACAAAAAGAGAAAACUGGCUCUGCACAACAACAAGACACCCACACUACACAACAGUGAGUUUGCUGCUCCUAAACUGCCCCCACACACUUGCACUUCGGCACAAUAUGCUCAACAGAAUAGAUGAACAAGUAUCAGUUACAGUUUGAGGUAAUCACAUAACAGAUUGAAAUAUAAAUGUGAAACCCACUGUCUUGAGAUCAUAAUGUUUUCUUUGUUCAUGUAUAGUUUAAUCAUGUAUAUGGUAACUGAAACUUGUAUACCUGGGAACGAUUGUGUGGGUAAAUAUGCACUUGUGUGGUUAGAUAUGCACCUACCAGACUGCAUAUGCACCUGUUUGAAUGUAUUUUUUCUUCUUUUAUGUAUAUAUUUCUGAAUACGGAUUUAUACUGGUUAGCUAUUUUAUUUUAUUUUUAUUUAUUUAUUUAUUUAUUUAUUUAUUUUAUUUAUUUUUUUGAGGGGAAGUUGAACGGGGAUUUACUGUUUUUUUUUAAUAUGGAUUUACUAGUUAACUAUGAUUUUUUUUUUUUAUAUGAAUAUGGACAUAUUUAAUUGAAUAUGGAAUUACUUGAUUAAAUAGGGAUCUAUUUGGUUGAGCA